AAUAUUCAAAAUGGCGGCUGUGUUGAGAGUUGAAGCUUGUUGAACACAAAAGAUCGAAACAAUAACAACUGUACAGCAUUUUUGUAGGAAAGGAAUGGCCAAGAAUAUGGAAAACCAAGGUAGCAGUAAGAGCAGAUCGAGGGACGUAAAGGAAACUGAGAGAUCGCAGGUGAAAGCUACUCCGAAAAUUCAAGAACAUUCUUUUCUGACUGACAGAACAGACGUGAAACAAAUGGAGAAAGGAUUGUUAGAUCUCAUGCACGACUUCAAUCACGGAAAGCUUCACGCGUUUGGAAAGGACUGCACUAUUGAAAAGAUGGAUAAAGUUCGUGAGCUUCAAGAACGUUUGGCACAAUUGCAUUUUGAACUUGACAACAUGACUGAGGGAUUUGGGGAGGAGGAAGAAACAAGAAGCGGAGGAAAUCUGGAGAAAUUAAUGAAGAACUUGGAAACUCUUAGUUCUACUGUUCAAAGCUUACAUCAAGAAAGUUCGACGCAAUAG